GUGUCUUGAACGCACCUCGGUCUGUGUGACGUUUUCGGAUCCGUGCAACGUUUUCGUUGUUUCGGUUCAUCGAGGAGAGCAUCACGCCGGCGACGGACCCAGCAGAGAACAUCAGUGCAAUGCUGCUUCUCAGACGCUGCCACAGCCUGACUCGAUUUGGCCCUCUCAACACUCAAAGGCAUCAAGUGGCACCCGGCGUGGCAUCGUGUGCAGCUCGUCUCUGGAGCAGCAGUGAGGACCAGAGAUCGCACCAGCGAACCCACGGCCCCAGCUGGAGACAUGCCCUGGCAGGACUGCUGGCUGGUACAGGAGCUGUGCUGGCUUAUGGCCUCCACCACCACAAGGCUGAGCAGGCAAACACCAUUAGAGUGCAGACCAUAGAGAACACCUCAGCUCUCCCCACUUUCACCCAGGAAGAGGUCACCAGACACCGCUCUCUGCAAGAUGGCGUGUGGGUCACUUACAAAGGUGGCGUCUAUGACAUCACUGAGUUUGUGGCCAUGCACCCCGGUGGGGAUAAAAUCUUGUUGGCGGCAGGUGGAGACCUUGAACCCUUUUGGGCGCUGUAUGCUGUUCACAAACAGGAACAUGUGCUGGAAAUCCUCUCAGAGUAUAAGGUCGGUGAGCUGAGUGCAGAAGACCUGAAGAAGCAGCAGGCCGUUCAGACGUCUGACCCCUACUCUUCCGACCCUAAGCGUCACCCGGUCCUGCGCAUCAACAGCCUCAAACCCUUCAAUGCUGAGCCACCUCCUGAAAUCCUCUCUGACAGCUUCAUCACCCCCUCCGCUAUCUUCUUCAAAAGAAACCACCUGCCAGUUCCCCAGGUGGACCCGGCUUCAUAUGAGCUGCACGUGGCGGGGCUACACGGAGGAGUGCUGUCGCUGUCUUUAGAAGAGCUGAAGACUCGAUUCCCCAAACACACGGUCACUGCCACGCUGCAGUGUGCCGGUAACCGCCGCUCUGAGAUGAAUAAGGUCAAGCAGGUGAAAGGACUGAACUGGGGCAUCGCUGCGAUCAGUAACGCUACGUGGAGCGGUGCGAGGCUCAGGGAUGUGCUGCUGGCAGCGGGUUACAGGCCAGAUGUGGCCCAGUGGGCAUCCCAUGUUCACUUUGAAGGACUGGACAAAGACGCGACCGGGACUGCCUACGCUGCUUCCAUCCCUCUAAACAAGGCAGUUAGUGAGGAAGGUGAUGUGCUGCUGGCUUACGAAAUGAACGGCGAGGAUCUCCCUGCCGACCACGGCUACCCUGUCCGGGUUGUGGUUCCAGGCAUAGUGGGGGCGCGCAACGUUAAGUGGCUAGGGAAGAUCAUAGUGAGUGCAGAAGAAAGCACCAGCCACUGGCAGCAGAACGACUACAAGGGCUUCUCCCCUGGGACCGACUGGGACAAUGUGGACUUCAAGUCUGCCCCGGCCAUCCAAGAGCUGCCCAUUCAGUCGGCUAUCACCACACCAGCAGACGGCACUGUGGUUGAUCGCAGUGUUAACGAGUUGACGGUGAAGGGUUACGCCUGGAGUGGCGGGGGCAGAGAGGUGGUACGUGUAGAUGUUUCUCUGGACGGUGGAAAGACGUGGCAGGUGGCCCAGCUGAGGAGCAGCGAGACGGGACAAGCGCCAGAACCCUCGCCCCCACUGGGACGGGCCUGGGCUUGGAAGCUGUGGGAGAUAACGGCUCCUCUUCCUCCUGAGGCCCAGGAGCUGGAGAUAGUCUGCAAGGCGGUCGACAACAGUUACAACAUGCAGCCGGACACAAUUCCUCCCAUCUGGAACCUGAGGGGCGUACUGAGUAACGCCUGGCACAGAGUGAAGGUGAAGAUCAACGAGGAUGAGAGCAAGAAAUAGACUCAGUGGCUUGAUCCACAUUCAAAAUCCAAAAGGUUUACGCCUCAAACGGUGUCACCAGAGGGGACAGUAUUAAAUCUGUCACAAAAACAAAAACACUGCUGCACAAUAUUUUGAAGUAAAACAACAAAUACACACAAUACGGGAUUUUUUGACACACAGCCUCAAAGUAUUUAUUCCGUCACGUUGCCUGUGAGAUUUGAAAGAUUUCAGCGCUGCAUACCUCAAGCAAAUCUAAAGGCUGUAAAUGACUAUACCAAAACAUGUGCAGCUAUUUUCAAGUGAUGAUUCCCUUACACUUUGGUCCAAAGUGAACACAAGAUUCAGUUAAUUCUGAGUGGUUGUAGAAGAAAAGAAGAAUUUAUUUUUGCAGACAGCCCUGACAUUCUUAAUGCUGAAGAUGUACACACAAUUACCCUUAAAUUCAUCAUCAUUGAAAAUCUUAAUUUUAGAUAAUAUGAAAUGUUUUGACUGUUCACUUUAGAGAGAACAACUUACUAAGACUGGAAUCAAGUUGAAACAUUUAAAACAUUGUGAGCAUUUGUUUAUGUGCAGCUAUGCACACGAUGCUGAUUAAUAACCUUUUCUAGGAGACGUUUGAGGAACUUCAAGGAAAAUAAUUGGGAGCAGCUGUCAGUGGUUUAGAUUAUCUAUUCUUGUUUUUAGUCUGCAAAUCGGAGGUGACCUGUGACCCCACCUGUUUGAUAUGACGUACCACACCUCACUAUAGAGAUAGAUGUAGCUAGAGUUAGCCGUGUUUCUGUCGCAACACUACUGCACAAUGCAGAAGUCUGACCACAGUUUUGACCCAAUGUGUCAGACUCAUUGAGAUUUUCAGUCAUAUUAAUGUUGAUUCAUUGAAGUCAUAUUGCCAGUUGAAUCUGUCAAAGUUGCUGAAUUCCUGUCAAGCCAAAUAGCCCUGUGAUCAGCACUUACAUUACACUGUCUGUGGAAAAUGAACCUUAUUGUUGAAGAUGGUGAAUAAAGAGCUCUAAUUUUACACUGAUGUUUUUCUGCUGAUGUAAUAGCUGCUUACUGCUAAAAACUUGUGAAGUGUCAGUGCUGUACAGCAAAUCUUUGAUUAGCUCUUGUUUUGUUUGCGGAAAUAAAAAAUAGUCAGCUGUA